CCAGAGCUCCCUAUUCAACUAUGCAACACAAUUCUUUAGUUCUAUCCUUCACUUCUCUAAGCAUAAUUUGUUACAAAUCAAAAUGGAGAGCUUAGGGAAGUUGGGGCAAUGGUCUUUUCUAACUGUUGCUUUGGCAAUUUGCUUAGUAGCCAGCACUGUUGUUGCUGAUUACUCUUAUGAGUAUACUUCACCCUCACCUUCUCACAACUCUAACAAGUACUACAAAUCACCAUCUCCUUCCAAGUAUCAUGUGCCUACUCCUUAUUACAAGAAACCUUAUCCAUCACAUUAUUACUACAAGUCACCAACACCUUCAAAGCACGCUUAUUACAAAUCGCCAUCACCAGCAAAAUAUUACAAGUCACAUGUUCCUUCAAAGCACUACUACAAGUCACCGGUUGCAACAAAGUAUUACUACAAGUUCCCAACUCCUUCAAAGCAUUAUUACUACAAGUCACCCAUUGUAACCAAGUAUUACAAGUCACAUGUUCCUUCAAAGCACUAUUACAAGUCACCAGUUGCAACAAAGUAUUACUACAAGUCUCCAACUCCUUCAAAGCAUUAUUACAAAUCACCCGUUCCUUCUAAGUAUUACUACAAGUCCCCAUCACCCGCAAAGUACUACAAGUCACCUACUCCGUCAACAAACUAUUACUACAAAUCACCAUCUCCAACAAAAUAUUACAAAUCACCCGCUCCAUCUAAAUACUACAAGUCACCUUCACCUACAAAAUAUUACAAGUCAUCUCCACCUCCGCCAAAAUACUAUGAGCAACCACCAACUUAUUACAAUUCUCCACCUCCACCAUACUAUGAAGAAUCUACACCUUCCUAUAAAUCUUCUCCACCUCCUCCAAAGACCUAUGAACAAUCACCUACAUACUACUCACCUCCACCACCACCAUACUACAAAGAAACACCAACCUAUGCCUCACCGCCACCACCUGUGAAGUACGAGGAACCUGUCACCUAUGCUUCACCUCCACCUCCAACCUUUUACUAGUAGUCAAAUCCAUUCUUUUCAAUCAUUUUCCACCACCUUUGUGGUUUUCCAUUUCCUUUUAUGCUUCCCAAAAUGACCGGCUUUGAUUGUUGUGUGUGAUUUUUGUAUUAAUAAUUCGUAAUAUUUAUCUUUGGAGAUAUAAGUAAGAUCUCCAUUAUUUUGGCUAAUUGUAUCAAGAUUUUAUUUUGAUGUAAUUUUAUCGAGAAUUCUAAUUUGCUUAA